AUGGCUUCUACAAGUAAAAGAAAUUCUGCAGUGAGAACUCAAAAUACCUUUUGCCCUGAAGGUGAAGUCUACAAGCACGGAUUCUUCAUCAAAUCACCACCUCUUCAACUUUUCAGCUCACAGAAUUCCUGGAAAAGGCGUUUUUUCAUCCUGUCCAAAUCCAGCAAGGGCAAUUACAUCCUGAAAUAUCUAAAAGGCCAGAACAUAAAAGGCUCCAUAGCUGUUGAUCAAAUCAUAAAUAUCGAAGUUGGCAUAAGCAAUUCUGAAAUUAUGGAAACAGUAAGGAAGAUGUUUAAAUGCCUUCCUGAACAGGUGAUGUCCAUCAGUACUGGAAACAGAUGUUACUACCUCAUUGGCAGCAGCAGGCAGGAAACAGAGGAUUGGGUCACUGUGAUAUCUUUGAUCUGCAGGGACGCCAAAAGAGGUGGAUGCUGCCCUCAGAACCAAGAUCUUCCAAAUCCAGAAAUCAGAAGCCGGCCUUCCUCUUUGCCAGUAUUCUUGAAUUCUGUAGAUACGACCAGUUUCUCGGAAAGCCAAAGCUGCCAGAAGGAGGACGGUUCCUCAGAAGACAAGAACAGGCCCAGUUCAGAUCCUGGUGCUCAUCAGGCUCAGUGUGACUCACCAAGAGGAGUUUUUCCAAGCCUGGAUAAAAAUCUGGAAAAGAGUGAGGAAAAUCUGCUGUCAUCAGAUACAGAUGAAGACAUCAAAAAGGAUGAAGAAGAUUAUUACCAAACUCCCAGCAAUAUUUUAGCAAAGUGCACUACUGAAGUAUCAAAGCCUGACCCUACAGCUGAGUCUGAUGUCCCUGUGCAAGAGAAACCAGUGCGGAAGAACCCAGUAAAGGACAACAUUUAUAUGUCAAUGAAAUCACUUAGGUUGCUGGAUGAGAGUUGUCAGCUCAUGUGCAGAGGUGAUGGGGUCCCAUCUCCUCCCAAAUACCAGGACAACAGUGCAUGUCCAAGAGACUUGGAAGCAAACAGAGACCUAAAAUUCCCAGAAAGUCAGCAGCCAACCCUCCAGAGAAGGAAAAAUUCAUUACCGCUUUCGGUGGUUCAGUUGUCUAUACUGCUCAGUCAAAUUACAGAUGAGACCCAACUGCAGAAUUUGGAUAUUUUCAUCCCGCUGGCUGAUAUUAACAGUUACCUAAAACUUACUGAAGCAGCAGGACAAAUAUGUAUCUCACAGUGGACUGGUCCUUGCCGACUGGGAUGUUUGUUUAAUCAUGGAGACCAUAUAGUGGCUGUGAAUGAUCUGCAACCCCAGAACGUGGAGGAGGCUUACUUCUUCAUCAGCAGGUCCACAAGAAAGGAGGUGAAACUUACUGUAUGUCGGAUUCCACAUUCAGAUAUCUUCCAUGCUAAAGGCUGUUCAUGUUCCUGA